ACAGCAUUUCCACGUCAGUGUGUUUACCAAAGCCGGGGUGACAGUUAUAGGAAAUGCUUUAAUCUGUUCAUUUAUGGACAGUUUGCGAUGUAUUGAUUGAUUAUGCACUGAUGGGAGAGACCACGCUGUGAAGCCGUGGAAUGUCUGAGCAUUGUGGUUUGUCUGUUUCUAGCAGGGAGCUGAACUUUGGUCCUAUUGAUUCACUGUUGUCCGGCUAGCCCUUUUAGCUUGCCGAGAAAGGCAGCAUUAGCUCCAUCAGGACUCAACAGCCUCAAGAAGAGAAGCAGCAUGGUGGACAAAAGCAUCUACAUUGUGCAAGGUGAAAUAACCACGGUUGUUGGCGCUAUCAAGAGAAACUCUCGAUGGAGUAACCAUACCUCACUGGAUGAGGAACAAGACCCAUUACUGAACAGCUUUGGCCAUCUAAAGGAAAUACUCAACAACAUAAAAGAACUUUCAGAUGUGGAACCCAACCUUUUUCUGAGGCCUUUCCUUGAAGUUGUGCGCUCUGAGGACACCACAGGGCCAAUCACCGGCCUUGCUCUUACCUCCGUAAACAAGUUUCUUUCACAUGGCCUUAUAGAUUCUAACCAUGAGGCUGCUGCAGAGGCUAUCGAGAACAUGGCAGACGCAGUCACACAUGCAAGAUUUGUGGGAACAGAUCCUGCAAGUGAUGAAGUGGUCCUGAUGAAAAUUCUUCAGGUCCUUAGGAGUUUACUGCUGACGCCAGUUGGAGCCCAUCUGACCAAUGAGUCUGUGUGUGAAAUAAUGCAGUCCUGUUUCAGAAUCUGCUUCGAGAUGCGCUUAAGUGAGCUCCUGAGAAAGUCUGCGGAACACACACUGGUUGACAUGGUGCAGCUGCUGUUCUCCAGGCUACCCCAGUUCAAAGAGGAGGCAAAGAGUUAUGUGGGAACCAACAUGAAGAAGUUGAAGAUGCGUGCUGGAGGAAUAGGCGAGUCAUCCAAAUGGAAGAAGCAGAAACGCUCUCCAAGGCCCCUUCGCCACAUGGUCCAAAGUCCUUCAGAUCCAAGCAAUCCCAGCACCCUCAGCAACAACCUCUCAGGUGGUGUUCCAUUUAUUGAACAAGGCUUUUCUAACUCUAGCCUCGUCACCUCAGACAGUGCUGGCUCUUCCAUAUCCAGCCCCACAGCCACAGACAGUGGCCUGGAUGCAUGUUCCAAAGCCACCUCCAGGGAAGACCUUUCUGACCUGGAACAAUCUAUCACAUCUGCAAACACCCCUUGCACUGCUACCUCACUAACUGGUACUGAGUCUGGCUCUUCACACACACAGUUUGAGAGUCGGCAGAUUGAAGCAGCUCCGGCCGCAUCUGUAGAGUCCAUCCCUGAAGUUCUGGAUGACAAAGACUCUGUUACUGAGCAGUCAGAGACCCCCUCUGUUCAUGACAUGGACUAUGUUAACCCCCGUGGAGUCCGAUUCACACAGUCCACACAGAGAGACGGAGUCGCCCUCAUUCCUUAUGGCCUGCCAUGUCUAAGAGAACUUUUCCGUUUUUUGAUUUCACUGACCAAUCCUCAUGACCGCCACAAUACUGAUGCUAUGAUACAUAUGGGCCUGCAGCUUCUGACUGUAGCCCUGGAGUCUUCAUACAUUGUGAAUUAUCAGUCUUUACUAGUCCUUGUUAAAGAUGAGCUAUGCAGGCAUCUGUUUCAGCUGCUGAGUGUGGAGCGCAUGAACCUCUACGCGUCCUCCAUGCGAGUUUGCUUCUUGCUUUUUGAAAGCAUGAGAGAACAUUUAAAGUUUCAGCUGGAGAUGUACUUGAAGAAAGUGAUGGACAUUAUCACAUCAGAGAGCACUAAGAUGCCCUAUGAGAUGAAGGAAAUGGGUCUGGAGGCUUUGGUCCAGCUCUGGAGGAUCCCCAGCUUUGUCACUGAGCUGUACAUUAACUAUGACUGUGACUUCUACUGCUCAAAUCUGUUUGAAGACCUCACUAAGCUACUCUCCAAGAAUGCGUUUCCUGUGUCAGGACAACUCUACACCACUCACCUGCUGUCUCUGGAGGCCCUGCUCACAGUCAUUGACAGCAUUGAGGCCCACUGCCAGUCCAAGGUGGUAAACAACACAACUCAGCAGGACCAGUCUGACACACUGCCAGCAGAUGGUGAAGAAUACGCCUCAAAUGGAACAGACUUAAUAACUGACCUUCACUGCUUGGGUAGUUCCAAUAAUUCCCUGCAAGCUGUGACUGCUUCAGGGUAUCCACCUACCAGUGGAUUCUUAAUGGCUGAAAAGAUGAGACUGGGUAGGGAGGAUCAAGGAGACAAUGAUAUUGCAGCGAACAAAGGACCAAAAAAGCCCCAUCGUUUCUCUGCAUGUUUACCUGAGUCACUAGAGCUGAUGGAAAUUCGAACCAAGAAAAAACUUCUUAACACAGGCACAGAGCAGUUUAACCAGAAGCCUAAAAAGGGAAUCCAGUUCCUUCAAGAGAAGGGCCUGCUUAGUGACCCCUUGGACACAAAACAGGUGGCACAGUGGCUCAGAGAAAACCCCCGUCUGGACAAAAAGAUGAUUGGGGAGUACAUCAGUGAUCGCAAGAACAUGGAACUUCUGGACAGCUUUGUGAACACAUUUACCUUCCAGGGACUUCGUAUUGAUGAGGCCUUGCGGCUCUACUUAGAGGCCUUUAGACUCCCUGGAGAGGCUCCUGUAAUUCAUAGGCUACUGGAAAUGUUUACUGACAAUUGGCAUAAGGUCAAUGGCUCUCCUUUCAUGAAUAAUGAUGCAGGCUUUGCUUUGGCCUAUGCUGUGAUAAUGCUAAACACGGAUCAGCAUAACAACAAUGUCCGAAAGCAGAACAUCCCCAUGACUGUGGAGCAAUUCAAGAAAAAUCUCAAGGGUGUGAAUGGAAGCAAGGACUUUGACCAGGACAUGCUGGAGGACAUCUACAAUGCCAUCAAGAGCGAAGAGAUUGUGAUGCCAGAUGAGCAAACUGGUUUAGUAAAGGAGAACUAUGUAUGGAGCGUGUUGCUACACCGUGGUGCAACUCCUGAGGGGAUUUUUCUCCACCUACCACCAGGCAGCUAUGACUACGACUUGUUCACCAUGACUUGGGGUCCUACCAUCGCUGCUUUGUCUUAUGUCUUUGACAAGAGCCUUGAUGAAAACAUCAUCCAGAAGGCCAUCACUGGGUUCAGAAAAUGUGCAAUGAUAGCCGCUCACUAUGGCUGCAGUGAUGUUUUUGACAACUUAAUUAUCUCCCUCUGCAAGUUUACAACAUUGACCAGUGAGUCCGUGGAAAACCUUCCUACAGUGUUCGGUAGCAACACUAAGGCACAGACCGCUGCCAAAACUGUGUUUGAUUUGGCUCAUUGCCAUGGUAACAUUCUAAGGGAGGGCUGGAAGAACAUCAUGGAAUCCAUGCUGCAGCUCUUCAGAGCCCAGCUUCUACCAAAGGUCAUGGUUGAGAUGGAGGACUUUGUGGAGCCUAAUGGAAAAAUUUCUCUUCAGAGAGAGGAGAUGCCUUCAAAUCGUGGUGAAUCAGCAGUCUUGAGCUUUAUCAACUGGCUGACACCAAGUGGAGCUGAGCAGUCAGGACUCAGAGGGCCAUCCACAGAAAAUCAGGAAGCCAAACAAGCUGCCAUCCUCUGCAUUAAGCAAUGUGACCCAGAGAAGUUGAUAACUGAGAGUAAAUUCCUCCAGCUGGAGUCUCUGCAGGAUCUUAUGAAGGCACUGAUAUCUGUGAGCCCUGAUGAAGAGACCUAUGAUGAAGAGGAUGCUGCCUUCUGUUUGGAGAUGCUGCUGCGCAUUGUUCUGGAGAAUAGGGAUCGUGUGUCGUGUGUUUGGCAAACAGUCCGGGACCAUCUCUAUCACCUAUGUGUUCAUGCCACUGAGAGCUGCUUCCUGGUGGAGAGAGCUGUGGUGGGUCUUCUUCGUCUUGCAAUUCGCCUGCUACGCAGAGAAGAGAUCAGCUCUCAGGUCCUUCUCUCUCUACGCCUGCUACUCAUAAUGAAGCCACAUGUAUUGUCCCGCAUCAGUAGGGAAAUUGCUUAUGGCCUUCAUGAGCUGCUGAAGACAAAUGCAGCUAACAUCCACUGUACAGAUGACUGGUACACACUCUUCUCCCUGCUGGAGUGCAUUGGAGCGGGAGUUAGACCUCAUGCUUCCUUCCAACUCACCUCCUCUACUGCUGACAAUGAAACAGGUGCACAGUCAGACAGCGAGCUGUCAUCCCAUCAUUCCAGUGAAGUGACAUUAGACCGUGGCUACACAUCUGACUCAGAGGUUUAUACAGAGCACAGUAAGACCAGGAUACCACGCUCCACUACUGAUGUGGAUGAAUCAAGCAGUGGAUGGCUCAUGGUUGGAAAAGAUGAUUUGGAGACAAGUAAGCCCACCCAAGCAAGCUCCAAAGCUCAGCUGAAUCACCCAUUGGUGAACCAAUACAGUCUGACAUUGGGUCAGGACCUCGGCCAGCAUGACACCAAGUCUCUCAUCAAGUGUGUGGAAACACUCUCUUUCAUUGUCCGCGAUGCUGCCCAUGUCACCCCUGACAACUUUGAGCUUUGUGUUCGAACCAUACGUGUGUUUGUGGAGGCCAGCCUCAAUGGAGGUUAUCGGAACCAUGACAAGAAGAAAAACCACAAAUAUGACUCCAAGUUCCGGACGAGGAAGAAGCCAGUGGGUAGGGAGAGAGACAUGGGAGGCAGCACAAGACGGGUUGGAAGUCGAGUAGCAAGCCAGCGUCCAUUACAUUCUCACAGCGAUGAUGAGGAGGAUGAGGGUGUCCCAGCCAGCUAUCACACAGUGUCAUUACAGCUUUUGGACCUGAUGCACACCCUACACACCAGGGCAGCAAGCAUCUACAGCUCCUGGGCAGAGGAGCAGCGCCAUCUAGAGGCGUCUGGCAAGAAGAUUGAAGCAGAUUCCCAGACUCUGUGGACCAGCUGCUGGUGCCCCCUGCUGCAGGGCAUUGCUUGGCUAUGCUGCGAUGCCAGGCGUCAGGUCCGCAUGCAGGCCCUCACUUAUCUCCAAAGAGCACUGCUUGUCCAUGAUCUGCAGACACUUGAUGCAGCUGAGUGGGAGUCCUGCUUCAACAAGGUGCUUUUUCCACUGCUAACUAAACUACUGGACAACAUUAGUCCAGCAGAUGUGGGUGGUAUGGAGGAGACCAGAAUGAGAGCCUGCACACUUCUGUCAAAGGUGUUCCUGCAGCACCUCUCUCCUCUACUCUCCCUGCCCACCUUUGCUGCCCUCUGGCUUACAAUUCUGGAUUUCAUGGACAAGUAUAUGCAUGCAGGAUCCAGUGACUUACUGCUGGAGGCAAUUCCAGAGUCUCUAAAGAACAUGUUGCUGGUGAUGGACACUGCGGGGAUUUUCCGCAGCUCUGACUCUAGGACUGGAUACUCGGACCUGUGGGAAAUAACAUGGGAACGUAUUGUGUGCUUUCUUCCCAACCUGAGGGAAGAACUCUUCAAACAGACAGUCAUACCAGAUCAAGCUCCCAGUCCUCAAGGUGAGCCAGUGCAGUCAAUAUCCACAGCUGAACGACCUUCAUCCCCUAAGGUGUCCCCAACCCUUGUCCAGCCCCCAUCCUCGGUCCUGAUGCCUGUAACCCCAACAGAGACUCCAUCGUCCAGCAGUCAGGAAUCAACUCAAGAGCCUCAGGCAGCUAGUGCCAAUGGACCAGAUCGCUCAUCUACAGCUCCUGCCUCAAAAUCUCCAACAUCUGCAUCAACAAGCAUGUCUCCCGCUCACUCUCCAUCACCUCCAAGUCAGCCCCCCCUUAUCCUGCAGCCAUUAGCUUCUCCACUGCAGGUGGGCGUCCCGCCCAUGCCUCUCCCAAUCAUCUUAAACCCCGCUUUGAUCGAGGCCACAUCCCCUGUGCCACUGCUUCCUGGGCCCAAACCUGCCAGUCCAACUGAGGAGUUCCAGUAAGAGAACUUCACCCUACUUGAGGCUCACUACUUCCAUGGCAACAGAGCCACCUACCUUACAUGUUAGAAGAUUGCAGCUUGUUUAGGUGUACAUAUUGGGACACUUUUCAAAUGUGCAAGUUGUUUUCUUUGUGCUCUUUCUGUGUUUAUUUUCUAAUCCUAUUGUAUGAGAGACUAAAAAGACAUGAAGUAAAGUGACUCUGAUGCAGGAUUGUGGCAUUCAAAAGACAAACAUAUUGCUCUUUUGUUAAAAGGAUUUUGGUUGUCUUGUUUUGUCCACCCAAUCCACAAAAACAAAGUGUACUUGCUCUUUCCAGCUGUUUUAGAGAUUUAACAUCAUGUAUGUUUUAGACUGAGACAAUAAAAUCAUCAGACUGUG